AUGCUCGUCCGGCUUCUUUCCGCGUUGACGCUCGCCUUGGCCCUCCUCUGGUACCGCAGCGGUCGCGUCCUCCGCGCCAACGUCCUCAGCGUUCCGCCGCUCCCCCAAAACUACUUCCAAGGCGGCGACUGGCAGACCCACUGCUCGCUCGUCACCAACGACGCGCACGAUGAGCUCAGGUACUGCGAAGACAUCACCUUCUGGGACCACUUCGACGCCAACGGAACGCAGACAGAUCGCCACAACACCGUCAUGGGCCCCCUGCGCGAUCCGGCGCCGCGCGGGCACCUCUUUCUCUAUCCGGCGCGGAGUGGUAAAGCCGCAGAUUCGAAACUGCAGAAGCUGAAGCUGGUCGGCCACCCGCCGCACCACGACUUCCACCCGCUCGGGCUCGAGGCGGCACCCAGCCGGGGCGAUGGGCAGCCUUCGAACCUCUUCGUGGUGAACCACGCGCGCGACGCGUCCACGAUCGAGCACUUUCUCCUGGACCCCAGCAGGCCGGACGAGGCGCGGUACGUGCGCACGCUGCGCUCACGCUGGCUCGUCGCGCCGAACGCGAUCGCGCUCACAGGGCCGAGCUCGUUCUACGUGAGCAACGACCACCUCCUGACGCGCCGCCUCCCCGGCCCGCUGGGGCGCGUGCUGCCGCUGCUGGAGACGGUGCUCGGCCUCCCGCUAGGCUGGGUUGCCCAUUUCACCAUCGACGAAACCACCGGAAGCGUGCUCGAACACGCGCUCAGCGCGCCCGGUAUCCCCUUCGCAAACGGCAUCUCGCUCUCCCCCGACGGCCGCACGCUCGCCGUCGCAUCCACAUCGACCGCACAGCUCCUCUUCUACAUGCGCGACCUGUCCACGAACUCCCUCACGCACGAGGACACAGUCGCGCUCCCGUUCCUCCCCGACAACAUCGGCUACGACGACACAGGCGCGCUCCUUGCCACCGGCCACCCGCACUUUCCCUCCCUCGCCGCCGUCGCCUCCUCCCCCUCCCCCUCCCCCUCCAGCUCCUCAUCCUCCCCCGUCUCUGGUGACGCAACAAGCCCAAGCUGGGCAGUCUCCCUCACCCACCUCCCCGCAAUGAACCUCGCCAACCCAACCGCGUUCGCCAAGCGCAUCUACGACUCCCGCGCCCCGCUCUCCGCGUCCGCGCUCGUGCCCGCCGCGCCCAUGGCGUACGACGUCGAGACCGUGUUCCAGAGCGACGGUACAUCCACCAACGGGAUCGGGAUGAGCUCGUCGUCGACAGCGCUCCGCGAUCCUGCGACGCACAGCGUGUAUGUUGUCGGGCUGUAUGGCGAGGGCAUGCUGGCUUGGUACGAGCACUCAGAGGCAUUGUUAGCGAUAGCCAAGUCUUUGCAAGUCUCUCGCUGGGCGGCUCCAGGACCAGUGCGAGCGACAGCUUUCGACGACACAGAAGAUUCUCCUUGGCGCGCGUGGGCAUGGUAUUGUCGUUCCUGAAUUAUGACACGAAUGACAAGCGCCGCGAGAUAAGGCAUAUGAACACGGCCGCCCGGCGCAGAUGACGAUUCGUGAUUGGGUUGAGUACGUUGAGCAGCGCAACCGUUGUCGAUGCCUGAGGCCGACGGCCGAGGGCUGUUAAGCCGAUCAGGGGACAGAAUCAGCUUUCUUCACCUCGAGUGACGAUUCCGACAGCGCUCCUGUAAGGCAGGCGGAGGGCCUCGAGCAGAAGUUGUAGCAAAGAGCCGGGUUUCGAUGCCGUGGUGCGAGAAACAUGCGAGAAAACGCAGCCAAAUUCAGCAGGAUGCGCAAUAACGAUGCAAGGGCAUGGUCUGGCAUGUUGGCAUAGCACAUGCGGUAUUGCGCCGACGCGUCGAGCACGCCUAAAGCCCGGACUUUCACGAUGAUAUGGAAGCCAGUUCAUAGCGAGGUUGAGGCAACACCGGAAGGAGUCGACAAACUAUCAGCGUGCUGUUUGUCUUUAUACCAGGCUUGUGAUUUUGCGUAUGCUUCUGAAGCCAGAGGAAGCUGAGAUAUAUAUAUGAUGUCUUGACGAAAGCCUGGUGUGCUCGUCUAGUCAGUCUCUUAGGAGACCUCGUCACGUACUCGGUCGGAAACUUCGCCUCCCCUACGCUCCAUGCAUGCCACUAGUAGCCGUCCAAGUGUUUUAUCGUCCAAACGUCUUUGAUUAGUCGUCUGUGAGGUCGCCGAGCUCAAGC